AUGGCCAGAAGUGGAGAGGCCCUGCCACAGGGCAGCCCAGCGCCAGUCCCGGAUCCCCACCUCAUCAAGGUGACGGUGAAGACGCCCAAGGACAAGGAGGACUUCUCAGUCACUGACACCUGCACCAUCCGGCAGCUGAAGAAAGAGGUAUCCCAGCGCUUUAAGGCCCACCCUGACCAGCUGAUCUUAAUCUUUGCUGGUAAAAUCCUCAAGGACCCCGACUCCCUGGCACAGUGUGGGGUCCGAGAUGGCCUCACUGUCCACCUGGUCAUCAAGAUGCAGCGUCGCCCCGUGGGCGCGGAGUGCCCGGCUGCUUCCGCCCCCAGCCCAGCAGCCCCCAGCCCUGGACCGCUCCCUCAGCCAAGCUCCAUUUACCCGGGAGAUGGGCCACCCAUCUUUAGCUUAGGUGUCCUUGCAGGCCUCCAGGGGCUAGGCCUGACCUCCGGUAGUUUCCCCGACCAGCCGAGCUCACUGACGUGGCAGCAGGUGUCCAUGCCUGGGUUUGUGGCUCAGAUCACUGACGACCCCUUCAUCCAGGGACUGCUGUCCAACACAGGCCUGGUGCACCAGCUGGUUCUUGACAAUCCCCACGUGCAGCAGCUGAUCCAGCACAACCCUGAGAUUGGGCAUAUCCUCAACAACCCCGAAAUCAUGAGGCAGACUCUGGAGUUUCUACGCAACCCCGCCAUGAUGCAAGAGAUGAUGCGUAGCCAGGACCGGGCGCUCAGCAACCUGGAGAGCCUCCCUGGUGGCUACAACGUGCUCCGGACCAUGUACACGGACGUCAUGGACCCCAUGCUCAAUGCCAUGCAGGAGCAGUUCAGUGCCAAUCCCUUUGCCCCCACCACUGUGGCUAAGGCUACCACCAGCAGCAGCCAGCCUUCAAGGACAGAGAACCGGGACCCUCUCCCCAACCCCUGGGCUUCCACCUGUGCAGGCUCAGGGGGCAGGCGAGGCGGGAGGCCUGAGGACCGGGACGUAUCUGAACCUAGAACUAGGGUUCCCAACAUCCUAGGAAAUCUAGGGCUCUGUGACCAUCUCCAGCAAUUACACGAGACGCCCCUGUCCCUGGGAACCUGUCUGCAGGGGAUGGCAUCCGCCCUCAGCCCAAGUCAAGAACCACCACUGCCGCCGCAAGGAAGCCAACUUCCUCCAACUUCGCCCUCAUCCCAGGAACCUGGGUCAGGCAAAGCUCCCCCCAGGGAGUCACUAGCAGUCAAGGGAAAGCCCACCUGCCCCGGGUUCCUGAGAUACCCCCCAGAGAGGGGUCCUAGAAAGGACGAAGGCUGCAAUGGCGCAGGGAAUGGCUCCACCCUGCCUGAUCUUGUCUCCGGGCUGGGGCGUGCUGCCAACAGGGCCCCGUGUGUUCCUUCACCACCUUCCCCCAUGGCAGCUACCGCUGGAAUCCCUGCGCACGCCUGGUGGCCGCCGCCAGCUUAUCCAAGAUCGCUGAGGCCAGACAGCAUGAGUCAGGUCCCACAGUUGCAGGACGAGAUGCACUGGCAGCUGCCGCUGCUGCUCCACCUUCAAGCGGCCAUGGCCAACCCUCGUGCCAUGCAUGCCCUGCUGCAGAUUGAGCAGGGGCUGCAGAUCCUGGCUACCGAAGCCCCACACCUCCUACUCUGGUUCAUGCCUUGCCUAGCAGGGCUGGGAAGUAUGGCAGGAGGUGCAGAGCCUAGAGAGGGCACCCUUCCGCCGGAUGAUCCCCCCACACCUGCAGCUCCUGGGGUGUCCUCAACACAGGACACAGAGCUGGGCCUCCACCCCACUCCUUCCUCCAGAUAUUGCAAGCCCUAG